GCAGUAAUGGUACCGGAAGCGGCUCUCUCUCUGACACCAGGCUGGCAGUCUGACACUGAAUGAGAACAGCAACUGAUUUCGGCUCCAAAGAUGAUGAAAUUCCUGCCCAAGCUGCUGCUGCUGGCGCUGUUAGCCUUCCCGGCGACCCUCCUCAUCAAGGGGCCGACGGCGAGCGCCCAGGACCUGACGGAGGACGAGGAGGCCGAGGCCGUGGAUGAAGACGUUGUGGACGACGUGACGGCCGAGGCUGAAGACGAGGACGACGAGGCGGAAGUGGAAGACGACGAGAACGCAGAACUGACGGAAGAGAAGGAAGAUGAAGAGGAGGAAGCGUUGGUCGGAGAGGUGAAGGCUUCCCCCAACGCUGACACCACCAUCCUGUUCGUCAAAGGAGACGACUUCCCGGCCAACAACAUCGUCAAGUUCCUGCUCGGCUUCACCAACAAGGGAUCAGAGGACUUUGUGGUGGAGUCUCUGGACGCGUCUUUCCGUUACCCACAGGAUUACCAGUUCUACAUCCAGAACUUCACCGCUCUGCAGCUCGGCAUCGCGGUCCCCGCCAGCCGACAGGCCACCUUCGAGUACUCCUUCAUCCCCGCCGAGCCCAUGGGAGGCCGGCCGUUCGGACUCGUCAUCAACCUCAACUACAAGGACGCCAAUGGAAACGUUUUCCAGGACGCCGUGUUCAACCAGACCGUCACCAUCACAGAGCGAGAGGACGGAUUAGACGGAGAGACCAUCUUCAUGUACGUGUUCCUGUCGGGCCUCGGGCUGCUGGUCGUCGUCGGCCUCCACCAGCUGAUGGAGAGCAGAAAGAGGAGGCGUCCAGCUCCGAAGGUGGAGAUGGGAACCUCGAGCCACAACGACGUCGACCUGAGCUGGAUCCCCCAGGAGACACUCAACCAGAUCAUGCAGAGUCGCAGAGACAAAGCAUCUCCCAAAAGAUCGCCUCGCAAAAGGAGCCAGAAACGCUCCGCCGGCUCGGACGAGUGACGGGCGUCUGACACCACGGAGACAAAUCUACACCCAACCGUCUACAGAGGAGGAGGAGGAGGAGCAGGAGGAGGAGGAGCAGGAGCAGGAGGAGGAGGGCUGUGAGCUGCCCUCUCUACUGAAAAACUUUAACCAGUGCCAAGCCCAGCGAUGGCUGGCUCUCUACUUACAGCUUAAAAACUGUUGAAAACACACACACACACACACACACACACACACACACACACACACACACACACACACACACACAGCCCGUUUUGUUUAACGAUGACAGAUUUGUGAAGCCGUCACAGGAGGGAGAAGUGAAAAGAGUGUUGGGUUUAAAGGGCACGUGAGGACUUUAUUCUCCCAGAUAACUGCUGGUGUGAUCGUUGUGAGAGCGAUUUGAUUGUUUUGUUGUUGUUGUUGUUGUUGUUUACGGCCUCCCUCUCUGCUGCUGGGCUGCAACUAAAAGUGGAUUAUUAUUUGAUUUGGUUUUUUACAGUUAAAGUAAAAAGAAAAAAAUGCUCCAAAUUUCUGGUUCCAGUCUGUGAAAUGUCACGACUUACUUCUUUUAUUUGUCUCCUGAAAGAUGAAGAUCUGUGGUUUUAGAGCUGAGAAGUCAACUUGUGAUUUGUGACUAUUUUCGUACAUUUAAACCAAACGAUUGGAGUUAUUUUUGCAGAAUGGAAUCGGCUGUUAGUUGCAGCCCUGCUCCGGUAAAUAAUGCAGUUUUUGGUUUGUUUUGUGGUUUGUUUUUUGCAGCUCUGUUGCUGCUUUUCGUUUAUUUCUCUGCACUGAUCCUGAAGGAAAAGUCUGACACUCCGUCUCCAGAAGUCUGCAAGGACUCUUUUUGUGCAUGAACGCACUCCUGCAGACAGCGUGAGGGAACGUUUUAUAUCUGGAAAAACGGCAAAUGAAACAUAGAAUGUGCGGUUUAUUGUGCUGUGACGUCGGUAAAAUGUUUUGAUCUAAAACUGCAACGGUUUCGAGUCGAACGCACAACGGGACACGUUUCAGAGGCCGAAGUCUGUGAAAUGUUUUGCUGAAACACUGGAGAAAUUGUGGCCGUUUUGCAUUCAAACAUCUUAUUUAUAUGGGAGCUUGUUUCUGUCAGUUAUCCAAGAACAUUAGCUGAAAAGUUGCCACAAGAAAGCUUAUUUUGAGAAGGAUCUUUGGCAGAAAUGAGCUUCUGUACAUUUAAGAACGAGCGCUGAAAUGAUAAAGUCCUCCGAAGAAAGAAAACAAAUAUUCUGAUGAUAAAUUUAGUGUUUUUUUGUCAGAAGUGUUAAAAAUGCACUGGUUCCGACUUCUUAAAUGUGAAUAUUUUCUGGUAAAUCUGCUGAAAAACGAGCAGUUUGAAGCCUCAGAUUUAGGCUUUGAGCAUUUUUUGUUGUGGUUUUCUGAUGAAUCUGUGGUCACAUUAUGGAAAAAAGGCUUCAUCACGAGUCAUAAAUUGGGAGAUUUUUGACUCGUUUCUCGUUUCUCAUUUUUGAGAUUCUGCGUCCUGAAGAUCCAGAUGGUAACAUUAGCAGGUAGACGGUAGAAGUCGGCCUCGUGCCCUUUAACCCCGACACUUUAAAGUUCACCCCUAAAGGUCCUAAAGGGGACGGAGCGUCUCGUCACCCUGGAAUGUGCUCCAACAGGCCGGACGGGGCGUCACCAACACCAGAAUUUAAAUCUCCAAACCAUCGACGUGUGCCUGUUUUUUCUACUUUUCUGUCUGUAAAAUGUCUUUUUACUUCCGGCUUUACUCCUCAAAGCAGCUUGUUCAGAAUCAGAACAAUAAUCGACCAGAUUGUGAAUUUGAGUAUUUUUUUUGUUUUUGUCUGUAUGGGAGCCCAUUACUGCCAAUGUGAUGGAAUUAAAAAAUAAAUAAAUAAAAUAAAUCCUGUAAGUCAUUAAAAGGAAACUUCCCCAAUUUUUUUUAGCAACUUAGUAAAACAAAAUAAUGAAAAACUUUCUCAAAAUAAUGACUUUAAUGUCUUAAAAUAAUCUGAGUAUUAAAACAUAGUCAUGGAAAAAAUUAUAAGACCCUUGUUUUCUUCAAUUACUUGUUAAUUUUAAUGCAUGGUACAACUAAAGGUACAUUUGUUUGGACAAAUAUAAUGGUAACAACAAAAAUAGCUGAUAAGAGUUUAAUUUAAGAGCUGAUAUCUAGACAUUUUCCAUUUUUUUCUUGAUAAUAUCUCUAGAUAUCAGCUCUAAAAUUAAACUCUUAUCAGCUAUUUUUGUUAUUUGUCCAAACAAAUGUACCUUUAGUUGUACCAGGCAUUAAAAUCAACAAUAAUUGGAGAAAACAUGAGUGGUCUAAUAAUUUCUUCCAUGACUGUAUAUACUUUCAGAACAUUUCUUAUUAUUUGUAUAUAUAUUAUUUUGAGAAAGUAUCAUUAUUCUGAGAUAUUAAGUUAUUUUAAAGGAAAGUGUCUGAUAAUAACUUGCAGAAUCUUUUCUUUAUUAUCAAAAGGUGAAAUUGUGUUUAUUUCCUGGCAGAAAUGUGCUUUCAUAUCAUUUUGUUUGUUUGUUUUCUUUUGGACUGUAAAGAUGUUGACCUGGCUAAAGCACUGGUGUAAAUACUGGCGGGUGGAUGAUGAACUGAAAGCAGAAAUUACUGAGCUAAUUUAUUUGAGUGACAGAUGGGGCUGAAACGGGAGGUUUUGUGCACUGUUUUUUGUUUUGUUUUUCUAUUAUUUGACCACUAGGGGGCGACACUGGCUCACAGUGGCUCUGUGAGUCUGGACUGCAGCUGCGUGUUGGACUCUUUGAUGCACUGCAGGUUUCUGAAACAUCGGGGCUGUCACUCAUAGAUACCAGCUUCUACUUUUAUUUGCUUUUAAAUGUGCAGGAAAUAAACUUUGAUGAUUUGC